AUGGGUGAUGACGUCUCUUCGCUUGGCGAUCUGUGGGCCAAAAUUCAAGGGUUGUUCGAGGAUACCAACUCACGCAUCGAUUCCUGCAAGUCGGACCUGGAAAUCCGUAUCACCAGCGUGGAAGCUAAGUUGUUGGAGCUAAAAACUGACUGCAGUGUCAGCGUAAAACAAGUUUCCGAACGGCUCAACGAAACCCGCAAUGAUCUGUAUGCUGUGUCAAAUCAACUGGACCGCCUGGAACGUGCCCAUGACCUGAUCCUCAACGGUGUCCCAUUCAGCCAGAACGAAGAUCUGCAGGUGCUGUUUCGAAUGAUUGCUGCCAAACUUGCGUACAACCCCGCAAACACGCCUAUUGUGAGCCUCAAACGACUGUCCAAACAAGCCAUAACCGUUGGAACUUCCCCGCCGAUCUUGUGCCAGUUUGCUAUCAGGAACGAGAGGAUCGAGCUGUAUGGCCGCUACCUACGAAGUCGGAACCUGACACUGCGAGACGUAGGCUUUGAAACCAUCCCAGCAAGGCCAACCAAGGAGGAGGCAGGAACGGCGGCGACCGCUGAGUCGUCCUCUGCUGCUGUCACGGAGACACGCCCGACGAACACCAGUUCUGCAGCUACGGUCGGAAAGGUGCUUUUGGCAACCGCAGUACUUUUGCUCGUCGACGAUGCUGGACAGGAGUUUCCAGCAAGGGCACUUUUGGACUCUGGGUCAGAGUGCAACAUCGUCUCCACCAAACUCGCUCAACGAAUGCACGUGUCCAGGAACAAGGCAAACGUGCAGAUUUCCGGUGUUGGUCAAGUUCCUACGAAAACUUCGCAGAAGGUUCGUGCCACGGUCAAGUCCAGAUUGUCGAAGUACUGCGAGGUCAUGGAGUUUUACGUUUUGGCCAAGGUGACUGAAGAUCUACCAACCUCCCCGGUGGAACCAACAAGCUGGACUGUUCCCGAAGGUGUCCAACUGGCGGACCCUGAAUUCUUCAGAACCAACCCUAUUGAUGUUUUGCUCGGCGGAGAGUUCUUCUUUAACUUCUUCCCAUCCAAACAGAGGAUCUCGCUUGGAGCAGGAUUACCAUCCCUGGUCGAAUCGGUGUUCGGCUGGAUCGUGACUGGCAGGUGCGGCUGGAACCGUGGAGAAGCACCAAUCGUAUGCCAGCACUCAACCGUAACGGAAACCUUGGAGGAGAUUAUGACCAAAUUCUGGGAAUGCGAGGACGGAGGAUUAACUUCUGAUUAUUCCGUGGAGGAGAGCACGUGCGAGGACCACCACGUGCGCACCGUCAAGCGAGGUGGAGACGGUCGGUAUACCGUUGGAAUGCCAAAGUCUGCUGAUUUGCACAUCAAGCUAGGAGAAUCGAAAAGCGCUGCUGAUCGUCGUCUUCUUUUCCUGGAGAGAAGGUUGGCUCGUGACGAUGACCUGAAGAAGGAGUACCAUGCGUUCAUGAAGGAUUACUUGGACAGGAACCACAUGUGCAAGAUCAUCGAAGACCCGACAAGUACCGCAACCACCUACUACCUCCCACACCACCCCGUCAUCCGAAGUUCCAGCACAACAACGCGUGUCCGCGUCGUGUUUGAUGCGUUAAACAAAACCUCCACUGGGACAUCCCUAAACGACGUUCUGCUGAACGGCCCAGUCAUCCAGGACGACCUGCGCACCAUCAUCUCCCGAAGCCGCCUGUUUCCAAUCCUUCUCGUCGCAGACGUGGAGAAAAUGUUUCGGCAGAUUCGGAUGGACGCCGAGGACCUACCGCUGCAGAGAAUUCGCUGGCGCUUCUCGGAGGACGAUCCCAUCGACACGUACGAGCUGUUAACCGUGACGUACGGCACCAAACCGGCGCCGUUCCUGGCCACCCGAACCCUGAAGCAGCUGUCCGUCGAUGAUGCAACCAAGUACCCACUGGCUGCCGAGAGGAUUGCGAGAGAUGUUUACAUGGACGAUGUAAUCACUGGUGCAUACCACCCUGCCGAAGCGAAACAAAUUCGUGAGCAACUCGACACGAUGACGCUGGGAGCAGGUUUUCCGCUUCGCAAGUGGGUCUCCAACUGUGAGGAAGCGCUCGAGGGUGUGAGUGAGGACAACUUGGCGCUACCGAAAGAGAAGGGGAUCGAUUUCGACGAAGAGAGGACCGUGAAGACUCUUGGGUUGGUCUGGGAGCCGAAAACUGACACGUUCCGGUUCAAGAUUGAGUCGGCGCUGAUUCCACCGAACGAGCUGACCAAGGCCAAAAUCCUCUCUAUCAUUGCCAAAAUUUUCGAUCCUUUGGGGCUUGUUGGACCGGUGGUGGCUAAGGCAAAGAUCUUUAUGCAGGGAAUCUGGGAGUUGAAGAACGCGAAGGGCAAACCCUGGGACUGGAACGAUCCUCUGCCGAAGUCGAUGCUGGACGAGUGGAUGCAGUUCUACGAGCAGCUGCACUACCUGAACAACCUGCGGAUUCCAAGAUUCGCGAUGAUUCCCAAUCCAGUCCACAUUCAACUCCACUUUUGUAGCGAUGCUUCCGAGAAGGCACUGGGGGCGAAUCUGUACAUCCGUUCUGAGGACAAGGAGGGGAGAGUCAAGGUGUCUUUCUUCACGUCCAAAUCCCGGGUCGCUCCUCUCAAGCGACAACCCAUUCCCCGGCUCGAGCUGAACGGAUUUUGGCUAGCCGCAGACAUGUACCGGAAGUUCAAGGAGUGCACAACCUUCCGUUUCGAAACCUUCUUCUGGACGGAUUCCAGAACGGUCCUUCAGUGGCUUGCGAAACCCCCAAGAACGUGGAAUCCCUACGUGGCCAACCGUGUCUCCUUUAUCCAGCAUAUUACCCAAGGUUGUCACUUAUUUCACGUACCCGGAGUCAUGAACCCAGCUGACCAGCUGUCCAGAGGACUGGACCCCAAGGAGUUCAUUGACGGAGAUUGGGACCCGUUGUGGAUGUACGAGACGAGUUCCUGGCCUGCCCAAGCAACACCCGAAGAGGAGACCGAAGAUUGCGCCAAGGAGAGGAGAAAGCACGUCGAGUCAGCUGCUGCAGUUUCUGCCAAGUCGUUCAACGAAUCGUACUUUGGGAAGUUCAACGAAUACUGGAAGCUGAUCCGCACGACCGCCUGCUGGAGACGGUACCUGCGCAAUCGUCGUCUACCGGAAGCCGAGCGUACCCUGUCAGUCCCGCUAACCACCAAGGAACUACGAGAAGCGGAAUGGUGUCUCGCACGGCUGGUCCAGCAAGAAGCUUUCGGCAGAGAACUCCAGGACCUGGCCAAGGGCAAACCAGUUCACAACACGUCGAAGCUACGGUGGUUCAACCCGCAACUCUCCAAGGAAGGUGUCAUCCGCGUGGGAGGACGGUUGGGCAACUCCGACCGAAACGAGAACUUCAAGCACCCGAUUAUCAUCCCAGGAAACCACCACUUCUCCAAACUUCUGGCCGACUGUCUACAUCUACGACUGUUUCACGCCGGAACCCAGCUGAUGCUAGCGACGAUGCGACAGAAGUUUUGGCCGCUGAGAGGACGAGACCUGUGUCGGCAGACCACACACCAGUGCAAGGACUGUUUCAAGGCGUAG